AUGAACCAAAAAAUCAAUAAUAACGAUAACGAUAGUAAUAAUAACAAUAAUAUUAAUAAAAGUUGCAAUACUAAUAACAAUGAUAGUGAACAAUCCGAUUUUUUAAAUUUAUUCCAAUCUAUUGAUCUUAAAGAAAAUGAUAAAAAGAAAAAAUUAGAAUUAUAUUUUCAAGAAAUUAGAAAACAGUAUCAAAAUACAUUAAUAAAUGGGGAUCCAUUUAACAACACCAAAGAUAUAGAUUGGAUAUCUAAUACAAUAAGAACACUAAACGAAUUCAAGUUGUCAAAUAAAGAUGAAAAAAAAGAAUUAAUAAAAUGGAUAUUUAAAAAUUUAAUAAUUCCUGUAGAUUCACUAAGAUUGAAAUAUAAAGAUCAACAACAGCAACAACAACAACAACAAGCAGAAGAAGGAGUAACUAAAAAUAGAACAGCAUUAAAACUAUGGGAAUAUCAAUUACAAAUUAUUUUAAGAUUUGAAUAUUUAUAUUUAAAAGAGAAAUUAUACGAAAAAAAGAAACUAGAAACAACAACUACAAAAGAUGAGGAUAAAAACAUAAACUCCUCUAUUGAAAAUAUAGUAUUCUUAUUACAAGAUGUUUCAUUUCUAAUGGAUUCGUUUACAAAUAUACCUUCAAAUACCACAACAACUACAACCACUCCAACCACAACAACAAUAUCUUCACCACCAAUUAUUAAUCAAGGUUUUAUAAAUUUCCUUGAAGUUGUAAUAUUACCAAGAUACAUAUCCGAAUUAAAACCAACAUUAAUUAUUAUUUAUAAAUUAUUAGAAAUUUCAAAACCAAAGCAAUUAAAAAAAGAAAAACCAAAUAAAAUAGUACUAAAUAGCAAUACUAUGAAUGAAUUGAUUCAAGAGAAUCCAGAUAUUGACUCAACAAUAAAUAUAGAUUUAAAUAAAGAUGAUGAUUUUGCAGUAAACAGUUCCAAAAAGAAAAAAAAGGAAGGUGAUGAUAAAACUGUUACAAAAACCGCUCCAUCAGUAUCUGCCGGUUUACCAAAAGAUUUAUUCAAGAAUAGAAGUGUUAAAAAACUAAAUCAUUUUACAAUGUCAUUAUCAAACCCCUCUAAAUCAUUUAGAACCAUCUCGACAACAUCACAACAACAACAACAACAACAACAACAACAAAAAAAAUAA